AUGAAUCGCAUGAUCAUCAUUUGCUUCAUCGCACUAAGCUUCUUGCUUCCAUCCGUACAGUUGCUGGAAACGCAACCAAGAUUCAGUGCAAAUAUGAUACGUCAUCGUUUCGCAAAACCAUUGAUGUUCUUCAAUAAAGACCCAUUGAAUGAUGAAGUCCGCGAUGCCCAGGAGCCAUUUCAGCAAGUCAAAGAGCCAAUAAUCAAGCGCUUCAAGCCAUGCUACUACUCGCCGAUUCAAUGCCUUAUAAAGAAAUAG